AUGUGGUAUCAGCUAGAACCUACACAAGCACACAUUGCAUAUGUCCUAAUUGGAGCCGUUUCUGUGAUUUUUUCCCUGGUGUCCCUUGUAUUCAAAGAGCAGCUUUUCAUUGGAGAGGCUAUCGUGGGGACGUUCUUUGGCUGUGUCGUUGGUCCUCAUGUCUUGAACUGGUUCAAUCCAUCGCACUGGACCAAUAAUGUGGAUAAUCUCACGUUCGAGCUGUCGAGGCUGAUACUGGUGAUUCAGUUGUUUGCUACCGGGGCAGAGCUCCCUCCGAAAUAUAUGUGGAAACAUGUUCGGUCGCUCAACUUGGUCCUCUUUGGGGCCAUGAUUUACGGGUGGCUGAUACUUUCGCUUUUUGUGUGGCUGAUCUUCCAGAGUGUUGGCCUCAAUUUCAGCGACUCUUUGCUGGUGGGAUCCACGUUUGUCGCAACAGACCCUGUCCUAGCAGCAGCCAUCGUUGGCAAGAGCAAGUUUGCAGAGCGAAUCCGUGCUGACGUAAGAAACUUGAUCCAAGCCGAGUCUGGGUCGAACGACGGUCUUGCGUUCCCCUUCGUGACGCUCUCAAUAAACCUUAUUCUUAACAGGCCCGAUAAUACGCAUGCGGGCAGGAUCGUGAAGGACUGGAUUCUCGUGGGUAUUUUGUAUCAGUGCGCAUUUGGAGUUCUCUUUGGUAUCGUUAUUGGUAGCUUGGGCAGAUACUCUUAUCUUUUCUCUCGCAAACAGCGCUGGAUUGAUAACGAGUCGUCACUGGUAUUCUACGUUGGCCUGUCGCUAAUCAUUACCGGGCUGGCAUCGAUCUUGGGCUGCGACGACUUGCUAGCUUCUUUCUCUGCAGGAUGCGCCUAUAGCUGGGGUGGACAAAUAGAUUUCGAGCUACAGCCCAGCGGUGACGAGCAUACAGAUUCAGAGCCUUUGCGCUUCUCGAGCAUUGUUGAUCUGCUUCUCAACACGGCAUACUUCGUUUACGUGGGCUCAAUUCUUCCCUGGAAUGAGUACUCCCCAUAUGCAGGUAAAUUGGUGGCUCUGGGCGUCGUUUUCGUGUUUCUUUCCAGAAUCCCUGUCAUGCUUCUUCUGCAGUACAUUACACCAGACAUCCGUGACUGGAAGGAUGCUCUCUUUAUUGGCCAUUUUGGUCCCCGAGGAGUCGGCUCUAUUUUCUGCUGCCUGUUGGCCAAACACCUGCUAGAAACCCGGUCUACAGACCCUUCUUCACAUGAAACCCUCCUCAAAACUAUGUGGCCAAUAACUACGUUUAUUGUUGUGGUUUCUGUUGUCGUCCACGGCUUUUCAAUCUGCUGCUUCACCGUCUACUCCACAGCAGUUAAAGUCCGGAUUGAACGACAAACUACGCCAGAGUCUAUGAACUCUGUUGAGCCUGCCAACAAGCCAGCCUCCUCCACUCGUCGUCGAAUGUCCAAGCUGCGGGUUGUGCAACCAAUUGCAGAUGACCCAGACUUCCCCAAAUACGCUUACGUCAGCCGUACCAAAGUGACGCUGGUGAACCAUCACGGCGAUGUGAUCAAGGAGUUUGAGAACAAACGCGGCUCGCUGGGCGUGACUUCACGGCUGUUGGCUUUCAAGGAGGGUAACCAGAUCGUCAUCGAGGACAAUGGCUCCGAGAUCAAACGCUAUGACCUGGAGUCGGUAGCUUGA